GCGCUUAAAUUAGCAAACGUUGCCAAGACUUUAUUGGAUAAUGUAAUCGAUCUCCUGAUUCAUGUCAAUGCAACCAAAUUUCCUGCGUAAUGCUCAUGCAGAAUAAAUACCUAUUGAAAGUUUACUGACACCUUUGAGACAAGCCGAGGUCUAACGAGAUCUCUUGACAUUGCGAUUCUACACUGUUCAAGAUGACGAGAGGAAGAGGUUCUCCAUCAAAGGAAAAUGAAUUCACCUUCAUCAGUCCAGUUGUCAAGUAUUUGCUUUUCUUCUUCAACGUGAUAUUUUGGGUGAUAUCAGUGAUGUUAGUGGUUGUCGGGGUUUAUGCAAGACUGAUGAAAUAUGAGGCAGCCAUGGUGUGUUUCACAGUGGACCCUGCUAUCCUGCUAAUGAUAGUGGGGGGGCUCAUGUUUCUCAUCACAUUCUGUGGAUGUGUGGGAUCCCUGCGAGAAAACAUCUGUCUCCUGGAGACGUUCUGUAUCACUUUGACAGUGAUAUUUAUCUUGCAACUGGCUUCAGGUGUGCUUGGUUUUGUCUUCUCUGACAAGGCACGCCACAAAGUGACAGAAGUGUUUAAUAAUGCCAUUAAGCACUAUAGAGAUGAUUUGGACCUACAGAACCUUAUAGAUUUUGGCCAGAGAAAGUUCAGCUGCUGUGGAGGAGUGUCAUACUUAGACUGGUCCCAUAACAUGUACUUUAACUGCACGUCCGACAACCCAAGCAAGGAACGCUGCUCUGUGCCUUUCUCCUGCUGUCUGCUCUCCCAGGAGGAGGGAAUUAUAAAUACCAUGUGUGGGCAUGGGAUGCAGGAUAUGGAGUUUGACAAGGCUGCAGAUUUCAUCAACACCAGUGGAUGCAUUGACAAAUUAGUCAACUGGUUCCAUAGCAAUCUGUUCCUGCUGGGGGGUAUUGCUUUGGGCCUGGCAAUUCCACAGCUUGUUGGGAUCCUCUUGUCUCAAGUCCUUGUAAACCAGAUCCGAGAUCAGGUCAAACUGCAGAACUAUAACCAACAGCAUCGUUCAGACCCCUGGAGCUGAACCUUCUGGAACAGUCUAUUCCAUUAUUGAGAUCAUCACUGUGCUGAGCAUUGAUGUGGAAAACAAGAUAUCAUCAUUUGCUAACAGAGGAACAUUUAUAUUUGAAGCGUCCCACGCCCCACUGGUGGACCUUUCCCAUGAUGACCUCUCAGGGAUGUGGGCGUUUACCAUUUUCCUUUCUUUCAUAAUUAUCAGAGGAGCUUUUACUUUGCUAUAGUUUGCUAUAAUGUACACCAUGCAAGGUAAAGCUCAUGUCAAAGACAGAGACUUGGAAAAACUCUCAGACACACUUUGGAGUGUAUUAAAAAUGACCUCCUUCUACAGUACGUUUAAAGGCGUGUGGAUGGGACCAUGCCCUUGUUGAAACCGAGUACAAUAACAAGACAACUGUUUCAUCCAAAACCCAUGUAUAUAAACUCACUGAUAAAGAAAAAAGGAACUGACUUUUCAUACUGAAUAUAGAACCAUUUUAAUCAUCAUUUAAGUGGGACAUUUCACCAGCAAAGGUUUCAUUUCAGUUUGUUCUUGUGUUUCCUGUACAGUGCGCAAUAUGGAGCUGAUAUGAGUAAUUCAUCUCCCCAGAGGCCGUGAAACAUGCCUGUUACGUUCGCUUUUGUUUUUGGGAAGGGGGACAUUUCAGGGAUUGCUUUAUGCAGAGAUAUUUACUGUACAUAAAAGCAUAAAUCUUUGAGAUUGAGAAAUUUCUUUGAGACAUUUUGUA